AUGGCCGACAAGAUGCAGCGCAACCCUCACCCGGACUUCAAGAAGGUCGAGUCCUCCCGCCCCGACUUCGACACCACCUCCUCCCCGAGCUACACCAAGACGCCCUCUCCGUCAUGGAAGAUGGGCCAAGGCGCCAACUCCCUCGACCCCCCCUCCUCAGCCUCGGCCUCUCACACAUCCAUCGACCCGUAUGACCGCGGCCGCCCCGCAGCGUUCAACUACAAGCUGCUCAUCUCGUCCAUCGUGCCCCGCCCCAUCGCAUUCGUCAGCACUUGCGCCGCCGACGGCUCCUCCGCCAACCUCGCUCCCUUCAGCUACUUCAACAUGCUCAACCACGACCCCCCCCUGUUCGUCGUGGGGCUCUCCGCCGCCGCUGCCGGGUCCGCCAAGGAUACGCUGCGCAACCUGACCGACGCCGGCGAGUGCGUCGUCAACAUCAUAUCCGAGGCCUACGUCGAGGCCGCCAACGCCGCCGCCGUCAACGCCCCCUACGGCGUCGACGAGUGGGCCGUCUCCGGCCUCCACCCCGCCUCCGACUGCGAGACCGUCCGCCCGGCCCGCGUCAGGGAGGCCGUCUUCAGCAUCGAGGCCAAGGUCGACACCAUCAAGCACUAUGACAGCCGCGCCAACCCCGGCAGGAGGUCUGGCACCGUUGUCAUACUCGAAGGUCUGCGCUUCUGGGUCCGCGAUGAUGCUGUUAAUGAGGAAAAGAGCCUCGUUGAUAUCAAUGUCCUCCGCCCCGUCGGCCGUCUCGGCGGCAUAACAUACACGCGCGCAAACAAUCUAUUCGAACUGCCCCGUUUCGACUGGGAAAACGAUCUAGGCGGUGAAGAAGGGUACAAGAAGAUCCAGGAGGCAUAUGGUAAGGGCGCGGAUAGCACCAAAUAG